ACAUGGGUGACCGGAAGUGGGAACUGUGAGCGUCUCUGCCCGGGGCGCCCAGGCCCGAGGCGCCGUCGGGGCCGCCGCGACGCACGCAUGGAGAGGGCUGGGCGCCGGGCUGCGCACCCACGGCUAACCGGGACGCACGGGCUCUGCGGGGCGUGGGCUGUGCAGAACGGAGCGGCCUCCCAGGGCACGGGAACAUGAGACUAGGCCCGGAGCCCGCCGCGGGCGAGGCGCGUGGGGCGCAGGCUUGCCCUGGUCGCGGGUGAACAACGCGGAGCCCCGGGAAUCGCCCGUCGUUGCUUGCGGCAUGGUCUUCUGUUUGGAAAACGAAGAGCCCCGCCGCCCGCUGCGAAGCACCAUGGUCCACUUCCAGGCUUCGGAAGUCCAGCAGCUGCUACACAACAAGUUCGUGGUCAUCUUGGGAGACUCAAUCCAGCGGGCUGUGUACAAGGAUCUGGUGCUCUUGCUCCAGAAAGACUCACUUCUCACAGCCGCCCAGCUGAAGGCCAAGGGGGAGCUGAGCUUUGAACAGGACCAGCUGGUGGCUGGGGGUCAGCUGGGUGAGCUGCACAACGGGACACAGUAUCGGGAAGUCCGCCAGUUCUGCUCGGGUUCUGGCCACCACCUUGUGCGCUUCUACUUCCUCACCCGCGUUUACUCCGAGUACCUCGAGGACGUCCUGGAAGAACUGACAUGUGGGCCUGCCCCGGACCUGGUGAUCAUCAACUCCUGUCUCUGGGAUCUCUCCAGGUAUGGCCGCUGCUCAAUGGAGAGCUACCGAGAGAACCUGGAGCGGGUGUUUGUGCGCAUGGACCAAGUGUUGCCAGACUCCUGCCUGCUGGUGUGGAACAUGGCAAUGCCCCUGGGGGAGCGUGUCACUGGGGGUUUCCUUCUGCCAGAGCUCCAGUCCCUGGCGGGCUCUCUGCGGCGGGAUGUGGUUGAAGGGAACUUCUAUAGUGCUACGCUGGCUGGGGACCACUUCUAUGAUGUCCUGGACCUCCAUUUUCAUUUCCGGCAUGCAGUACAGCACCGUCACAGGGACGGUAUCCACUGGGACCAGCACGCCCACCGCCACCUCUCACAGUUGCUUCUGACUCAUGUGGCCGAUGCCUGGGGUGUGGAGCUGCCCAAGCGUGACUAUCCCCCUGACCCAUGGAUUGAGGACUGGCCAGAGCCGGAUCAUCUGUUCCAGGGGAACCAGGGGCAGCCCCCAGACUUCGGGGAGCAGCUGGCCUUGCCCCCACCCCCGCCCUCUCCUUUGCCCCCUCCCAUGCCUUUUCCCUACCCUCUUCCUCAGCCCUCCCCACCUCCUCUGUUCCCACCCCUGCCCCAGGAUGCCACUUUUUUCCCAGGCCAACCCUUUCCACCCCCUCAGUUCUUCAAUUAUAAUCCAACGGAAGACUUCUCGAUGCCACCCCACUUAGGAUGCGGCCCUGGAGUGAACUUUGUGCCUGGCCCCCUGCCACCUCCAGGCCCAGGCGCUAUCCCCCAUGGUCAUCACUGGGGCCCAGUGGUCCACCGGGGGAUGCCACGCUGUGUUCCCAACAGCCCCUACCAUGUGCCGAGGAUGGGGGGGCCCUGCAGGCAGCGGCUCAGACACUCAGACAGACUGAUCCACACAUACAAACUGGACAGACGGCUUCCUGCCCAUUCGGGGACAUGGCCUGGGUAAACUGGAUCUUGGGCUGGGGCUGGAUGUACCAAUGGCCCUGCAGGGCCUGCUUGCCACCCCAGGUACUGGGCCAGGAUGUCUGCUGUGCCUGGCAUUGUUCUUGUCCAUUGCUGUCACCAAUAAAGGCAUGGAAGAACA